AUGCAACUUGUCAUUGCUGCUUGGUGCUUCACCUUCUUAUCCACCAAUGCCUCAACACAAAGGUUGAAUCAGUUUCCGAACGAAGCAUACAGUACCACCUUUUCAAGUCGACUAUCAGCAAAGGCAAAACGAAACAGGAAAGCAUCCAACAAGUCGUCGUCGUCGUCAUCGUCAUCGUCCAACAAGAAGUCAAAAUCCGGCUCUACAAAGCUUCCACGUGUCAUCAUUUUCGAUCUAGACGGUUGCCUAUGGAGGCCAGAGCUCUUUGAACUCGUGACAAAUGCGGAUGGUCCACCAUUUACCCAUAAUCCACAAGAUAGUAGUAGUACUGUCGUUCCAGCAGGAACCACCCUGUUGUCGAAACAAGGCCAACGCAUUGAACUGUUGGGAUCCACUCGUCAGAUUUUACAUGAGCUAUAUACUCAAGAAGAAUGGUAUCCCACUCGAAUCGGCAUCUCCUCGCGAACAGAUCCACCUGAAUGGGCGUACAAUCUGAUGGAGAUGUUUGCUAUCUAUGAGGUCAACGACGAUGACGACGGCAACAAGAAUCGAAUGACAAAGACUCCAACGGCGACGAUCCCAGCAGUGACUUGCCAAAUGAAGGAUGUCUUUGAUCCUAUCCUCUGCAUACUCGAUAAGAAUACAGACAAGGCAACACAGUUUGAACGACUAUUAGAGCAGGCGAAUGAUCAAAGUACGAGCAACAACCACAAGCGACUUCAGUUCAAAGACAUGGUAUUUUUCGACAAUGAAGCCGGAAACUGCAAACAAGUUGCCAAGUUGGGGGUGACAUGUGUGUAUACACCAAAGGGAGUAACCUACGAGGCAUGGCAGAAUGCAAUCCAAAAUUUUCCCGCCAAUCGGGUGUUGGGUCCGAAAAUGCCGUAUUGA